AUGCUCUUGCAAUCGCUUCUGCUGUCGGUUGUAUCGCUAGGUUUAGUGCUGGGAUCUCCGAUCCCAGCCAAGUCACCUCAUUCGGUGCAGUUUCUUACCGAUCGAAAUGAGAAGAGGUUUUUCGACUACGGAGCCAUUCAAUAUUCGGAACCGAUUCGUGGAGUGAAUAUUGGUGGUUGGCUGGUCUUGGAACCGUACAUUACGCCCUCUUUGUUUGAAACUUUCCGCACAAACGCUAACAGUGACGAAGGGAUCCCUGUAGAUGAGUACCAUUUUGCGCAGGCGCUGGGUAAGGAGGUUGCUUCGAGUCGUUUGGAGGCACAUUGGUCGAGCUUUUACACGGAGACAGACUUCCAGAAUAUCGCUAAUCUGGGGUUCAAUCUGGUCAGAAUUCCAAUUGGGUACUGGGCGUAUGAGUUGCUCGACAGCGAUCCAUACGUGAAAGGCAGUCAGGCGGAGUACUUGGACAAGGCGAUCGGGUGGGCUUCCAAGUACGGUCUGAAGGUUUGGGUCGAUCUUCACGGGGCUGCAGGCUCCCAGAACGGGUUCGACAACUCCGGUUUGAGAGACUCGUGGGCUUUCCUAGAAGACAGCAACUUAGCAGUGACCACCAAAGUCGUUAACUAUCUGUUGGAGAAAUAUUCUCAGGAUGAAUAUCUGGACACUGUGAUCGGUGUUGAGUUGAUUAACGAACCAUUGGGCCCCGUUCUCGACAUGCAAAAACUGAAGCAAAACUUCUACACACCAGCCUACAACUAUCUGAGGAACACUCUGCAGAGAAAUCAAAUUAUUGUUAUCCACGACGCCUUCCAGCCGUUCAACUACUGGGACAAUUUCCUAACGGCUGACUCCGGCGCUUGGGGCGUCGUUGUUGACCACCACCACUACCAGGUCUUCUCCAGUGGGGAGUUGCAAAGAUCUAUCGACGAGCACGUCGCGGUCGCGUGCUCCUGGGGUCAGGGUGCCCUAACGGAGGCUCACUGGACCGUGUGUGGUGAAUUCGCGGCCGCUUUGACCGACUGUACCAAGUGGAUCAACGGCGUUGGUUACGGGGCUCGUUACGAUGGUUCGUUCAACAAGGGCAACGAGCAUUCCAGCUACAUUGGUUCCUGUCAAAACAACGAAGACAUUAGCUCUUGGUCCGAUCAGAGAAAGCAAAACACAAGGAGAUACGUCGAAGCCCAAUUGGAUGCUUUUGAAAAGAGAGGUGGCUGGAUCAUCUGGUGUUACAAGACCGAAUCCACUAUCGAAUGGGAUUUGCAAAGAUUAACCUACCACGGAUUGUUCCCACAACCUUUGACCGACAGGAAAUAUCCAGGGCAAUGUAAAUAA